GAUUAAUUAAUUACCUGGGUGGUAUCUAAACAGUUUAUUCUGUAACAUUAUAGAAAACAAUUUAUACUAUUAGGAGGCCUAAAAAACUGACUUCACUGGGUAUGUCAGAUGAAAAAAAGUAUUAAUUGAUCAAAAGGAAAAUUACAUUUAUGUUAUCCAGAAUAUUUGUCUGUAGUUGUAUUAUCAGGCCAACAAUGUAUAUUUGCUUGAUCUCUGAUGAAUUUUUAUUUUUCUCUGUGGAAUCUUUAUAUUGGUUUUCAAUGUUAACCACAGAAUUACAUAAUUCUCAAUGGAAGUGUAAAUAUCCACAAAGAUUUUUUUUCUCUUGGAUUCUUUUCUCCAAGCAUUGAUUUCACUUUCAACUUUUCUGAAAUGACAUGCAUGUUUAGAAAUAGCAUACAGUAUAAUAAUUUACCUUCAAACUGGACAUUUCUUAUAUUUUACUCAAUAUUAACUAUAAUUACUCAAUAAGCAACAUAGUAGCCUGAGAAUCCUUGCAAGGAGCUUUUAAUUGUUUGAUUUAGAAUACCAUAAAGUCAAUUUACCUAGCAGUUAAGGUCUGGAAAGACAGAAGUGACCAUCUCUUUUCAAAGAAUGUUUAAGUCAAGAAAGCAGAGAUUUAUCCAAUUCCUUUCUGUAUGAAUUUUGCUUAUGCGUGCCUUCAGACCAGUUCUAACUUCAGGCAACUGUCUGGAUUAUAUUGGCAAGAUUUUCAGAAAUGAUUUGUUAUUGUCUUCUUGCCAAGGCUGGGAGAGAGUAACUGCACUAAGUUUAUCAAGUUGACUUCCUGUUUCACAGUCUCUCAGUUUUCAGCCUGAUGCCUUAAGCUUUAUACCAAAUCAAUUCUCUUCUGCCUGGCAAUUGCAGUAAAAUCAAUUGGUUUUAUAGUACUUAACAAUUAAAUAGAUUUAUUAGAGCAUAUAUUUUUAUGCAAGUGUUAGAACUCAAGUUAAAUAAUGUCAGGCAGGCAUUAGAACAUUGCAAUAGCCCAAUCCUCUAAGGAAAGGGUUAGGCAGAUAGUAGAAAGAGUAGGCAAUAUUGUAAGAACAUAAUGUUGCAAAAAAGUAUUUCUGGGACUUUCCACAUAACAUGGCUUACUUGGGAAAAAUGCCCAGUUUGCUUGAAUCUUAAAGACAGGAUUGCCUUUCCUAAUAUAUGAGAAAUAUGUUGUCUUCCAAUAGCAUUUAUGUUCCAUCAUGUAUGCUUUACUUUUAAUCUGGAAUGCCUUUUAAUUUUUUUUAGAGAAUGUAGAGGCUUUUUAUACAACCAAGUACUUAAAUGCCUUAGGGAAUUAUGGGAAGUAGAAAAUAAGAUUUCCACCAGGACUCAAAAAAGUCUCCAAUUUUUCUUUUUUCAUCUACUCAGUUAGUGUAUUUUUCCUGAGGAAAUAUCUUCUUGAGCUCAGUUAAAACAUGCAUAGGAUUACACAUUAUCAUAAGCUUUCAUUCCACAGGUUGCCCUUUUACAGUUAUUGAAAUUGAUAAUUGUUUUUUAUAAACCUCUGAAUAGUUACUAAUUACUUAUUUUUUGCAGGACUCAUAAGGAAGAAUUAACCUUACCAGCAUCUUUUAAACUACAUGCUGUUACUUUCUCAAUGACGUCUUAGUGGUCAAACAGAUUUUAUAAUAUACUUAUGAUCCCGACUUUUUAGAUUAACCUGCUGUUUUGACCAACAUGUUUCAUUCUACUAAGAAAAACAUUUUGAAUUGUUUUAUCUGCAAUGAAGUGGUCAGUUGUGAAAAACAACAAAAAAGAUUUACUAAAGUAGAUUGUGUUCUUAUUAUUUUUGGGCUUGUGGUUUAUAUAUCUGAUGUUGGAACAGAUCUCUGGACGGCAAAGAACUUUUUGUGUGAAGGCCAGUACUUGAAAGGCAUCCUAAUACUGUCCACAGGACUGUUUUCAUCAAUAAUUAUUCAGUUUUUCAGUUGUACCUGGUUUAAAGAAGAUGAGACUGAAAAGCUUAAUUGGAAGUUUUAUCUAUUCCAUUCUUUAUGUGGUGGAAUUUUUACACGAUACUGUUUCACAUUAAAAUUUGGAUAUGAGGCUGCAUUUAUAUCAAACAGUUCCACCAACAACAACUUAUGCAUCAGUGCAAUGGCUGAUAUAAGUAUGCUUCAGGUAUUUAAAGCCUUCUUGGAAAGCACACCCCAGCUUAUCCUUCAGAUCCACAUUGUGAUGGCAUCUGAUGAUUCUUCUUUUUAUCAAUAUGUUUCCAUCGCUUUGUCUUUCUGCAGCAUUUCCUGUGCAACAGUGAACUAUCAGAUAGUUUUGCGAAAAUCUCUGCCUGAUAAAAAUGAAUUUAGUGGGGUAUUUUGCAAACUUAUAUAUCUUGUCUAUAAACUGAUGACAUUAACUUCUUGGAUACUUACCAUUAUUUUACUCACAAUGUUGAACAUUACAGGUUCUAUUGUUCUGCUAAUUUUUCUUUGGUUUGGGAAUCUAAGCUGGGUGACAAAGCAAAACACUGAAUUUUGUAAAUUUAAAGCAACAGAAUAUGUUUACAGAAUGAUUGUGGCAAUUAUUCUCAUUUUUACCUUUUUUAAUAUCAAGGGAGAAGACACAAAAAUUGUCCAAAUUGUUUAUUAUGUUUUUCGAAUAAUUGUAAGUGUAAUUAUACUGUGCAUAUGUGGGUACUGGAAAUCAUUACUUGAUGAAAAAAUAUAUUUGUCAACAUGGAUUGUUGCAACUGUAAUCUUCCUAAUAUUAGGUAUUAUUUUUCUUAUUAUAUAUUAUACCCUUUUUCAUCCUAGUACCUAUUGCACACAAGACGAAGUUGAUGGACCAGGAGUAGAAAGAAAAGAACCCUGCAGAUUUAGUAAAUUUCUGAUACAAUAAAGGAUGCUAGAUUUGGUCUGAAAAAAUCUGUAUGAUUGUUAGAUGGCAAUAUGUAGUUUUGGAAACUUUGGAACAGUGUUUAAAAGUCUGAUUUUUCCAGACAUUCAAACCUAUUUUGCUCCUUGACAUUCAGGUAGGAUCAGUAUGUUUUUCAUUAAUUUAUUUUCAUCGGAUCUUUUUUCUCACUCUCAGCUGACAACCCUCCUCACAGACUUGUUGUGGAGAAAAUAAAAGAAGGGGGUAUUGUGCAUGCUAUCUUGGGCCAAGCAAAAUAUAAAUCUAAUUAAUAAAUAAUGGGAAGAUGAUACAUGGUCCUCUCAAUACUGUCACUAGUAAUCUUUGCCUUUUAAUGUGAAGAUUGAAAGAAUGAGUACAGGUAGUUCUUGACUUACAACAGUUCAUUUAGUGACCAUUCAAAGUUAAAACAGCACUGAAAAAAGUGACAUGACCGUUUUUAACACUUACAAUGAUUGCCGCAUCCCCAUGGUCACAUGAUCAAAAUUUAGAAGCUUGGCAACAAAGUCAUAUUUAUGAUGGUUGCAUAAAUAUGGUUGUUUAGGAUCACAGGGUCAUGUGAUUACCUUUUGCAACCUUCUGACAAGCAAAGUCAAUGGGGAAGCCAGAUUCAUUUAACAAUUGUGUUACUAAGUUAUCAGCUGCAGUGAUUCACUUAACAACUGUGAAAAGAAAGGUCAUAAAAUGGGGCAAAAUUCAUUUAACAACUGUCUCACUUAGCAACAGAAAUUUGGGACUAAUUGUGUUAGUAACUCGAGGACUAAGUCGAGAUCUAAAGUAGGGACGUAGGACUCUUGAAUGUCCCCAAGAUCCUUUCAGAGACCACAAAAUCAUUAUUUGCCUGCUUAUGUUGAAAAAUAAUACAAUUUUAAAAUCAUGUCAACAAAUGUAACAAAUGGUAGUGUUAGCUUAUGCAUCAAUUUUAAUUUUAAUACAGUAAAUAUAGAUAAAUAUAACCCAUACAGACAAAAGCCCUUUUGGGUCUUCCAUAAUUUUUAAAAGUGGGAAGGGGUCCUGAAUGAAAAAAUAUUGAUCUAUGACUUCCUCUGGGAACUCAAGAAGUUGUUUUGCAUGUUAUUCAAUGUUAAAGCCAUAAUAGCAUUUGUUUAAUUUUGCCUACCAUGUGUCAAAAACCUACUAUAUUAUAUGAUUUACAAAAUAUAAAUGUUUCACAAGAGAUGGGAACUAAUAGUGAACUAAUGUUGUAAUAUUGUAUUAAUCAGAAUUCAAUUAGAGGGAAUAAUAUGUGAAUAUAUGGGGUUUUAUAUGAUGCACCUUUUUAAAAGUCUUGAUUGUUCUGUGCUUUGUGGGGUUUUUUUGUCUUGGAUUUUUUUAGAGUUUUGUAUCUUGACCUUGUUUUGAAUAAAAUAAAAUAUAUAAUAAAAA